AUGAUCCUCUUCCUGAUGGUGCAGCGAGGCUCGGCUCGUGACUCCAUGGUCAUGAUGGAACCCCCCAUCAAGCCCUCUCCUGAACUGAAGAGCAUGUUGCUGGAGAAUUUAAAUAAACAUGCCAAUAAUUUGGAUGAGCUGGAGCCCCUUCAAACAGCCAAAUCCAGGGGAUCCACUACUUUCACAUCCAAGACCACCAUCGAACUGGACGAUACGCAGGUAACGCGGUCAUCAUUCAUCUCUUUUUCUCCUCUUUUCAUCCGAUUCUCACCUUGACUUUCACUCAAGAAAUCCGAAAGAAAGGGUGAAAAAUAAGACGGGGUUCCGGGUAAAUUCAAAACUUUUUCGGCCAUGAUGCUCGGCCACACUUUUUGUCCAGUACAGUUUUUUUCUUCUGCACUGUACAAGGCAUUACAAUAAAUAAAAACUACGCGAGAUGCGAAUGGUUCUUUCCAUUGUUCAGGGCGCGUCUAAUCCUGUCUUGAGCUCUGCAAGUUGCGAGACAUAAAAGUCGGUAUGGCCGAAACGCGUGGGGCGCUACGACAUUUCGGGUCAGGGACAACUCGGGUCAACGAUACCGUUUAAUAUUUUCGCUUCGGGACUGGGAAAAAAGAAUUAUUUGGAGAGUGUGAACGAAUUUUUGAAAUGUUUUCGCUUCGGGACAUGGGAAAAAGGAUUUUUUUGGAGAGUUUGAACAAAAUUUUGACAUUUUUUCGCUUCGGGAAUUGGGAAAAAGAAUUUUUUGGAGAGUCGUUCUAAAUGUUACAAUUGAAUAAGAUUACAUAUGAAUAAGUUGCCACUUAUUAUGAAUAAUGAAUAAGUUGCCACUUAUUCAUUAACGACUUCAUACCGCGUGGUGAAUAUACCCGAAUUUUCCGAACCCUAGUCUUAGGCCUGCUUAACACCUAUUUUGAGGUAUUUUACAUAGACCAUUUCCUCGUUAGAUAAAUAAAAAAAAUCGCAACCUUCCAUUUGGAACAGAUCGGGUAAAUAUUGGUCCGAGACUGAUCUGCCCCAAAUGAAAUCUGCCCUAAAUGGAGGGUAGCCAAUAAAAUAUUUAAAAAAUAAAGAAUUUUUUUUUUUCAGAAUCGAAAGACAACAACGCCGAUUCUAGACCCUGAUGGAGAUCUCCCGUUCAAUGUGAAUCAAGUGUCAGGUCUCUUUGAUGAUAGUGAUUUGGCAAAAGCCGAUGUUAAUUCAGAAAACAUUCCCUUUACUCCGCUUUCCAAUAUCGAAGACAGUUUUCGACUCCAGCCCCUUAAUCUGAAUACUCUUCCUCCAACUCCAGUGUUGUCUCCUUCUCAGUUGCCUUCCUUUUCGUUACCUGGAUCUAAUUCGAAUCAUCAAAGCAUCUUGGCUAUUUCCCCAAUAUCUUCUUCGUUAUUGCAGUCAUUCCCUCCGGGUUUGGCUGCCCCUCCAGCUUUGCCUAGGCCAUCUUCUAACCCUGGUUUGCCUCCUGGAAGUGUUCCUUCUCCCUCUAAUUCCUUUCCCAGUUUUCUUGUUCCCCCACCCAAUUCAAACUUCCCAUCACUCCAUUCUUCAAAUAUUCCACCAUUAAACUCUGAUCCUUCUCCAAGUUCAGUGCCAUCCUCAAAUCAAAGCAAUCCUCCUGGCUUUCUUUCUUCUACAAAUCCAUUAUCGUUUUCAACAUUUUCCCCGUCGUCUCAGCCUUCGUUUUCCACAUCUCAACAGAAUUUUUCGCCUUCAUCUCCCCCGCUACCCUCCACGCAAUUCCCCUCAUUCCCGUCAUCUGGAUUUCCAUCUUCUCCUCCUUUGGCCACAUUUCCACCAUUACUUCCAUUCUCACCUUCCCAGCAGUCGUCUAUACCAUAUUCCAGUCCAGUGACCUCUCCUUUAGUCCCAUUUCCAUCGUCCCCAUCUUCUCAGACUUCUUGGAGAGUAACAGACGCCCAGCCUGGAAUGUCUUCAUCUUCCCCUCAGCCAUCUUUACUCUCGGAAUUGUCCUCGAAUUUUGUAGCCCUCAACAAUUCUCGCCCUUUAUCUCCCCUCUCGACCCUUCCUUCACUGAUCCCUUUACCGGCUCUUCAAGUUGCCGAGGAAUGGAGUCGUAAUAUCAGAACGACCACUGUAACUCCAUCCACUUCUUCCUUCCCGCCUCUAGCCGUUAUUACAUCAACAUUGGCGCCGUUGGAUAUGAGAGAAUGGAGGAAUCGUUUCUACAAGACUCUCAAGAGAAUCAAUAAGAAGAAAAAGAUGACCGAAAAGCGACCAUUGAGGAAUCAUGAUGCAGAAGGGGGAAACAACAUCCUCAGGAAUCUGACCAACGACGGAUUAAAGGCUUUUGACAUUGAGAAGAGCGGAUACGAUUAUUCCAAGUAAGAAUUGCUCUAAUUAUGCUGCACUAGCUUAAAGUGCAGCUGCACUUGAAAUAAAUUUGUAAAAAAUGGCUAAUGAACUCAAUUAAGAGCCCAACAAGGCCGGCCCCAAACACCUGGAGUUCAGAGCCAACUCCAGGAGUAUGCCUUCGCCGGGAACCGGUCUCUGGAGGCUCUCCAACCAGUUUCAUUGAGAGAAAGCAAGGCAAGUGUACAAAUGGUUAUGACAUUGAUUUAAUAAACGUGUCUUUAGGAGAGAUCCAAGAACAAGUUUCAGAAGGCCAAAGUCCAGCCUUUGCCAUAUCGUCAGUUCCAGAUUGAUAACGACGCUGAUGACAUCGAAGUCGGUAUUUCUAAUUCAAUCCAUUAGGGUGUUCAGAGAAAAAACAUGAGGGGGAUUGCUUUAAUGCAUAGUUUAGGGGUUGCUGAGCAAUCUGACAAGCCAAGCUGGUUCGGUUCCCCACUUCCGGAAAAUCAUUUUUGCGUUGUUAGGAAAACACUUGCGUUGAAAUUUUAAUUUUUCUAAUACUACUUUUCAACGGCUUUCGAACGGUAUGUAACACUUACUGUUGAGUGAGGGUCAGUUUCCACACUUUCCUAGUCAGAAGGGAUUUAUGAAUUUUGCCUGUUUUUUUAGAUAGAAAAUACGCAAUUCUUGUCUAGAGGGCCUACAGACAAGGAAUACGGGGUUUCUGCGAUGAGGUCCGAAAAGAUGUAGAACGCAUGCGCCUUAAGCUGACGAUGCAUGAUGCAAAGUAUGCAAAAAAAAUCUCCGCUGAGUACAAAUUUUUUCCCCAUCGUGAAGAAAUAAUUUUUGCUCAGCCUAAACGUCAUUCUCUCUUAAUUGCAAAAAGAGUCUAGGUAUCUUGACUGAUUGUAAAAAAAUCAGAAAAACUUACGAAUAUUUCUCUGAGCACUCUUAUAGUAUAAUAUGUACAAUCAUUUUCUGAUACGAUUAAAUUUCUUACAGACCCCAUGCCCGGCUGUAGGGUGUAAUGCAAAAUCGCAUAAUCCGUGGAUCUUCCAGAACGACGUUAUUUUAGACAACACGGACACUUGUAAUAAUGACAAACUAAGGAAAUUGGCGGAAAGAGUAGGGGUUAUUCGUUGUAAAGCUUCUUACAGCACUAUUUAUAUAUUAUAAUUCUUAUUUUAGCUAAUAAUACCCACAGAUGCGGAGACUUCAAAAAGAUUAAUCCAGAAGAGAUUUGAAGAAGAGUUGGAUCGGUUCUUCAACGUGAUCUGCGGGACUGGAUUCUUCAGUUACAUUGCCCAUACUGAUGACUUUUGUCUUGUCAAUGUAGGAGAGAUGAAUUGUUACAUUUUCUCUCCCGUCUGCACUGAUAGUCAAGGACUCGGAGCAGGCAUUCUGAAGGUCCGAAGAAAAAAAAAUGUGAAUAAUAGCCGGGUACGGUAAUGUAAUUAGUUAUGUAUCCAAAUAAAUUAUUUUUACCGCUUGUUACUUUUAAGGGGGAUUACUUUCAACUUUAAAAUUACAAUUCAGUUACCACAUAUACUGCCCGGCAAUUAAAAGGAUCCCCAUUUUACUGAGCAUUUAAAAGUACAAAGCUAUAAAAAUUUUGACUCUGCAUCAGCGUUGGAUGCAGAAGUGAACAGAACGAACAUAUUUUGCCUCAGGGAAGUAGCGGACUCAGAAUUUAGAAUUCAUUUUCAAUUGUCGGGCAGUAUGCAACUUAAAUAAACUGCGUGCUGCCAGCAGUUAUAUGAUUGCGUAAUCUUACAUCUAUUUACUAAUAGCACUUUUGCUUCCUCGAAGAUGAAAGGUUUCUUAUUGUUGCUGUUGCAUUACUUUUACUUCGAAAUAGGAGAUCCGACUCUUGACUCUCAUAUUGGAAAUGUUUAAACGAAUUUUGGUCAAAAGUAAUGGCCUCAACAAACUCCCUAGUCCCACUGAUACAACUUUACUAUACUUUUUUGGCCUCGUUUAAAUUGGAAAGCGCCCUUCAAAAAGGCCUAUUUCAACGUAUUCAGAAUGAAUUACUCGCGGAAAGAACUUCGGGAUGCAUCUCACAGCAAUGGAGAGAAAAAAAGUAGGCAAGAGUAGUGGACGGCCAGGUGUUAUUGCAUUCUAUACUGGUAUUACACUCGCAGCGGUCACUUCGUAUAGAUGUCGUGCUCUUUUUUAUUAAAUUGAGAGGCGGCACACAGUCGUCUCGUGUUUAAAUAAUUCCGUUCUCACUGAAUCUUUCAGAGUUAUGAAUUAUAUCAUUCAACGGGCAUUUCUCCAAAUGAUUUUAUUUAUGAUGCUUUUAUGUUCGUUUCUGAUGCCUUUCCCUCGUAUUUGAUGACUUUUCGGUGUAGAUGGUGUUUCGCGUUUUUAUUCGGCUUUACUUUCUGCACGACCCCUGUAUGUAUUUGAGAUAUCCCUUGUCUACGAAGGGAAUUUUCAGUAAAUAUAUUAUAUGUUUGUCCGUCCCGAAAUAACUGUUGUAUUCGAAGCUUAAUGGAAAACAAAUAGCUGCGCCCAUUGCCGGGUUUACUAAUCAGCCGUUUUCCUCGUUUUCGAGUAUUUUUUAUCCAAAAGGAGAAUAAAAUUGAAGCCAGAAGCCAAUGGCCGGUUUAGAGGCGAAUGUCCGGUGGCUGUGGCCCUCCCUCCAUCCAUUUUCGCCUACGAUUCCGGGCUGAGGCCGCGCAUUUGAAGCCUUUACACCCUCAGGCAAUGUGUCAAAAACAAAUGAGAACUGCGCCCGAUGAGAUCGACAUGUUUGCCCUCAGGUUCCACGAUUACAAUUUCCAGUUAUCUCUUUUUGUUUGCGAGCAUUCGACGGAAUCUUCUUGAUUAAUAUUUAGGAGUACUCUCUGAGGAUUACCGUUGUUUCAGAUGGUCAGACGAUUGUAUGCUUCUGGGUUGGUAUUGGCCUCGAUCAGUGUCGUUUGCGGCUUCUAUAUCCUUGCCGGCCGAGACGAUCUUCUUCCGGUAAGUAUAAUUAGUACACGGGCGCAUCUGACCCAAAAUCCUGGGUCUCCCAAAAUAGUCAUAUUGCAGUACAGUGCAACUCAUAUUUGUGUUAAUAUACCGGUCUCGUUAAAUUCUAUGAGUUUGUGAAAUUCCGUGAGUUUUUUUUACGUAGAGUAGCAGCUAAAAACUACUUUUAUAUUAGGUGAACAUCAAAAAAAUUCCGGAUACACCAAAGUUCUAAAUUUACUUUUAUCCCCUCAGGCAAUGGUCUCUUAUCCAGUCAGAAAAUCUGGAAGAGCCCAACUGAAGCAAUAUAGUGUUGGUGCCCAUUCAAGUAUGCAUAUCUAACGAGUACGAAAGUGUUAAAUUACUUUUUAUAGUUGGAAAAAAUAGUAAAGUUCUCCACAAAUAGCAUUUUACAACUGAACUCGGAGUACUUUUACAAUCAGAAAUAUGGUUACAGUUUAGAAAAGUGCGUUUUAAAUUUACAUUUUUUAAUUUAAUACUUUUAGCUCCAGGAGGAUUCAGAAUUUGUAAAUAUUCCUGAAGAAUACCGAGAGAAUCUUCCAGAAUUCGAUGUUUUGCCGACCUUCGAAGAGGAGGAUUCGGAUGAUGAAGAUGAAAAUGAAUUAAUUGACAGGACCCUCAGGUUAAGGAAGAUUAUUCAAGACAAAGAAGACGCCCUCAGACUAGCUGAGGAGUACAAUCAGCUCAUUCGACCAGAAGAUUUUGUGCAGUGAGUCAUAAAAGUUACUACUUACUGAGCUUUCCAUACUCUAAAUCUUCAAUUCCAGAGCAGAAGAAGAUGAUUCUGGUGAUGUGGAAUUCAUUCCCGUGCCCCGUCGUAGAGCUGUUUAUUAUAUUGAUUAA